AUGGCUUCAGCGGCGAGUGCGGCCCCGGGCUCGGACGACAGCGGCCGCAGGAAGCCCCGCCUGGCGGCGUCUUUACAGAUCAGCCCCGGGCCCAGCCCCAGGCGGCCCCCAACCAGCCUGGGCCCAGACCCCUGGGAGCCCUCACUUGCCCCCAGCGCGGAGGACGAUAAGGGCGAUGGGCAGCCCCAGGCCUCGGCGGGGGACGGGCCUGCGAGGGACUUCGCAGCGGCAGCCGGACAGCUGAGCCUGCAGCUCAAAGACCCUCCGCCGGCCCAGGCCAUGGCCGUGCUCGGGCAGUAUGCGGCCAGUCUGGGCGUCUCCCUGACCUUCAGAGAGGACCGGACGGCAGACGGCUGCUUCCCCUUCUCGGUGUGCGCCGAACUGGACGGGGUGGUCUACCCCGCGGGCACCGCCAACAGCAAACUGGAGGCCAGACAGCAGGCGGCUCUCUCUGCCCUCCGCUACAUCCAGAGUCAGCUGGAGAGCCCGGAGCCCCCAGAGCCCCCCAGCAGGCCUUCACUUGCCUCCCUGAGCGUAGAGGACAUCCUGACGCACGAGCAGCGCUGUGCAGCUGUGGUCAGCGCCGGCUUUGACCGCCUGGUGGACAGGGCCUCGCCACACCAUGCCUGUAAGGGGACUGUGGCUGCAGUCAUCCUGGAGAGAGAGGUCCCCGGUGCCAGGGGCCACAGCAAGGAGAUCUACGAGCUGGUGGCACUGGGCACAGGCAGCAGCAGCUGCGCCGGCUGGCUGGAGUACUCGGGCCGGCAGCUCCACGACUGCCACGGUGUGGUCAUCGCCCGCCGGGCCCUGCUGAGGUUCUUGUUCCGGCAGCUCCUGCUGGCGACACAGGGCGGCCCCAAGGGCAAGGAGCGGUCCGUGCUGGCCCCUCAGCCUGGGCCUGGGCCCCCCUUCGCCCUCAAGCCCCGGAUCUUCCUGCACCUCUACGUCAGCAACACCCCGAAGGGAGCUGCCCACGACAUCUACCUCCCGCCGCCCUCCAAGGGCAGUCUCCUGCACAGCCCCCCUUUCCGCCUGCAGGCCCACGUCCGCGGGGAGCUGAAGCCCGUGUGCUACGUGGCACCUGCACUCCGUGACACCCAUGUGAGCUGCCUCUCGGCCAGCGACAAGCUGGCACGCUGGGCCGUGCUGGGGCUGGGCGGCGCCCUGCUGGCCCACUUCCUGCCUCCCGUCUACGCCACCAGCCUUGUCCUGGCCGACCCUUGCCACGACCCCCCAACUCUGAGCAGCGCCAUCCAUGCCCGGCCCAGCCUAGACAGCAUCUUGGGGCCAGGCCUGCCACCUCCCUACGCCCGCACCACGCUGCACCUGUUUUCAGGCCCCCCUGUGGCCCCCUCCGACCCCACCCCCAGCACCUGCCAUGGCCUGAGCCUCAACUGGAGCCUGGGGGACCCUGACGUCGAAGUUGUGGAUGUGGCCACUGGGCGUGUGAAGGACGAUGCUGCCUUCGGGCCUCCCUCCCGCCUCUGCAAGGCAGCCUUUCUCCAGGCCUUCCGCCAGGCUGCCAGAGCUCUAGGGAAGUCCCACCUCCUGGCCUUAAAGACCUAUGAGGCAGCCAAGGCUGGGCCCUACCAGGAGGCUCGCCAGCAGUUGUCUCUCCUCCUGGACCAGCAGGGCCUGGGGGCAUGGCCCUCCAAGCCGUUGGUGGGCAAAUUCAGAAACUGAAACAGACCUCCAGGGGGCCGAGGUCCCUGAGUGGAGCUGGACCCCGCUGGAGGAGCACGCUUCUAGGGA